AUGGCUAGUCGACACUCCGCGAACCAGCAGGGCUGCGUACCCCCCAGACCGCUGGGCCCCAAGCAGGGCUGCGUACCCCCCAGACCGCUGGGCUGCGUACCCCCCAGACCGCUGGGCCCCAAGCAGGGCUGCGUACCCCCCAGACCGCUGGGCCCCAAGCAGGGCUGCGUACCCCCCAGACCGCUGGGCCCCAAGCAGGGCUGCGUACCCCCCAUACCGCUGGGCCCCAAGCAGGGCUGCGUACCCCCCAGACCGCUGGGCCCCAAGCAGGGCUGCGUACCCCCCAGACCGCUGGGCCCCAAGCAGGGCUGCGUACCCCCCAGACCGCUGGGCCCCAAGCAGGGCUGCGUACCCCCCAGACCGCUGGGCCCCAAGCAGGGCUGCGUACCCCCCAGACCGCUGGGCCCCAAGCAGGGCUGCGUACCCCCAGCAGGGCUGCGUACCCCCAGCAGGGCUGCGUACCCCCAGCAGGGCUGCGUACCCCCAGCAGGGCUGCGUACCUCCAGGAUGUGGUGCAGCAGAGUGAUGCGGCUCUUGUUGGCCUUGGUCUCUGUCAGCUUGAGCAGGGAGCUGAUCUUGAAGCCUUCUGCGUUCCCUGUGUGGCUUCCCUGGAGGAGUCAGGAACAGGAAGUCAAUAAAGACACCGUUCCAACCUCGCUAGCAGAAUGGCUUCUAGAAGGUUCUUACAUAGUUGAGGAAGUUUCCCACGUGGAGGAUAAGCCUGCAGAAACUGGGCAGGAGAGUGCUGUCUCUGAGGCCUGA